CAGACCCCGUCGCAGUACUCACCACGCGCGCCUGAACACGCCCAGGCUUCCAUUGCGGCCCUCGAUCACCCUCUGACACGACUCUCAUCCUCUCCGCUCCUCAAUCGCCGUCGCCAGGAUGCUCCGCACCGCGCCGCUGCUCCGCCAGCUCCCUGCCACAGUGCAGAGCGGCCGGACUGCCGCUGCCACCUUCGCGCCCUUCGCACGGCAAUCAUCACUCCAGCAGACUCGAUCUGCACACGCGAUUUCCAACCCGACACUUGCCAACAUUGAGAAGAGAUGGGAGGCCAUGCCACCGCAGGAGCAGGCCGAGCUUUGGAUGUCGCUUCGGGAUCGCAUGAAGGUCGACUGGAAUGAGCUUACGAUGCAGGAGAAGAAGGCCGCGUACUGGGUUGCAUUCGGCCCUCACGGCCCACGUGCCGAGACUCCACCAGGCGAGGGCACCAAGGUCUUCAUCUACACUCUCAUGGGUGUCGGCGCGGCCGGCGCCAUUUUCUUCACCUCUCGCAUGUUCGCUCGCCCAGCACCAAGCACAAUGAACAAGGAAUGGCAAGAGGCGACCAACGAGUAUUUGAGGGAAAACAAGGUCGAGCCAAUCACCUUUAUCGGCAACCCAGACUACAAGGGACCCGGCAUGGUCCAGAGCCCGCCAAAGAAGGAGUAAAUCGCUCCAUCAUCGACAAUUUGAGCAUAGACGGUGCAGAAAAUUCAAGGCGAGAGCGACUUACAUGUAAACUGCGCAUACGGUGCAUUUUCCUUGGGUUGACUGUACGACGAGCUGGUGUCUUCGGAGCGAGUAGAACUGGCCAAGACUUUGUAUCUUACACUUCUGCGCAGCGCUUGUCACACUGUAUAAAGGAGCAAAACGAGGCAAGCAUUUC